GAAUUUUAAAAACAUCGGACUUUCAGCAGCUAAAUACUUCGGAGGAUUCAAAAGGCCACAAAGCUAGAGAUACACAAUCAUUCUUUUUUUUCCCUACAAAAAGAUUCCUCAGAUUUCAAGUUUUAAGCUGUGAAGCGAGAACAACAGCCGAACAUUCGGUACAGAUCACGCACGGCAGGAAGAGGAGAUGUGUUCUCUGACCAAGCAGCCAGCUCUCGGGGUGGUAUGUUCUGCUUUCCUGUUCGGCGUGCUCGUUGCUGAAGGACAGUCUGGGGAAGAGCAUGGGCAGGACGGCAGCUCUGCUCCCGGCCGAGGCUAUCUGGUGGAAGUCGUGCGCGUUCUUUCAGCUGGCGACACUGAGCUCCACAAGAACCACUCUCGAGAACUGGUCAGAACGUUGCUGGAGAGAGCUGAGUGCCCACAGCGGAUUUAUGGCAUGCAAGAGGAGUGUAAUCUGUGCCUUGAACCAGAUGCUUUGUUACUAAUAGCUGGUGGGGAUUUAGAAGACCACCUCAGUGAAGAAGUAUUUGAAAAAAUAUCUCUUAUUCUUCUAUACUAUAUUCUUCAUCAAAGAGAUAUGUGUUCUUCAGAUCUCAACUUGAGUAGUAAGGACUAUAAAUUUUACCUUCAGAGCAUGCUUAGCUUAAGGCAUGAUGAAGACUGUUACUAUUUUUCACAGAAUGAAACAGAAGAUAUUUUGGCUGCAGUAAGACAACAUUUUAAAACUUCUGAAACACAGUGUGUUGAUGUGAGCACUCUGAAGAAAAAUGCUGAUAUAAUGGACAAAGAUGGUGCUGAUGAACAGACACUUCCACGCCUGGCUGCUUCAAUCAUUACCCUGGCUCUCCAAGGUGUCUGUAUGGGGAAAACAAGUUUACCCUCCCCAGAAUUCUUUAUAAAAUAUAUUUUCAAUUCUCUAAACAGUACAACUGAGCUCCAAGUGACAGAACUAGAUCAACUCCUAAGCAUGCUUGCAGACAGAAAGACCUGCAUGGUAAAUGGACAAUUCCACAAUCACAAAAGAAGACGUCAUAAUAUGACAAUCAAAGAUAGUGGAACCAUAAAUAUUCCAGUCAAAGCAAACCAAACAAAUGGAGACUAUGUGAAAAAAUAUCCUGAAGAUCGUGAAAGGAAAAGAGAUUGGAAUCAGGCUUGUUUCUCUGCCAAUGAACUUGUGAAGAUAUUUCUAAAAACUAGUCCUUCAUCCAUUUCUAAGGAGCACUUCAAGCAAAUCAGUCCGGCAAUCAUUCAACAGCUAUUAAGUUGUUCAUGUCAGCUUCCCGAAUCCAAGCAGACAAAGCUUCCACCAACAGCUUUGGAAAAAUAUGGCUACAGCACUGCUGCAGUUUUACUUAUUACUAUUGGAUCUAUGUUUGGUACAACCCUCAUUUUAUUUAACUCCUGUCAAGAAAUCUAUACACUCAUUUUACAGCUGUUUGUGGGCUUGGCUGUUGGGACCCUUUCUGGAGAUGCACUGCUGCACCUCAUUCCGCAGAUGCUUGGUUUGCAUAAACAUGAAGCACAAGAGGUAGAACAUUUCUAUGAAGGGAAAGAAUAUAUUUGGAAGCUUUUGGGAAUAAUUGGAGGAAUUCAUGGAUUUUUUGUGAUAGAAAAGUGUUUCUUUCUUUUGGUAACACCACGUGAUCAGCAGGGCCUUUCUUUAGCUAAUGGUCACUGGAGACAUUCCCAUGAUCUUCCAGUGGAAUCUGAAAUAAAUGAACAUUCAGGCAGAGGCAAAUCUACUUCAGCUAUACAGUUGAGAAGCCCGGAAGAUUCUGAGUCUGCUGAAGUUCCUCCGGACAAUAAGGCAAUCAGCAAAAAAAGUAAAAGAAUUAGCUUGUUAGCAAUAAUGGUUCUGGUGGGUGACGGUCUUCACAACUUCGCCGAUGGUUUGGUAAUAGGAGCAGCCUUUUCAUCCUCAACAGAAACAGGUGUGACAACGACUGUUGCUAUUUUAUGCCAUGAAAUUCCUCAUGAAAUGGGAGAUUUCGCUGUGCUGCUAAGUACAGGGCUCCCCACGAAGAUUGCAGUUUUGAUGAAUUUUAUAAGUGCACUAACAGCCUUCUUAGGGCUUUAUAUUGGCCUUUCUGUAUCAGCUGACCCAUGCAUUCAAAACUGGAUUUUUACUGUUACAGCUGGAAUGUUCUUGUAUUUAUCUUUAGCAGAAAUGCUUCCUGAAAUGACUCAUGUUCAGACACGGCGACCCUGGUUGAUGUUUCUCCUACAGAACGUUGGAUUACUAUUAGGUUGGCUUUGCCUCUUCCUUCUGGCUGUCUAUGAACAGAAAAUUAAAAUAUAAGUUUUCUGUUGGAAAUUUUGAAGUACCACUUAUGACAGUGGAUAGCAUUAUUCACAAUUUUUGUCAUGUCUGCAAUAGUGAAAUAUAAAUUAAGCUGUUUGGAUUUUUAUAUCUGAAACACAGUAGGUAACUAUUUCACUUUAUUAACUUAUUGUUGAGAUUUUGUAAUUUUUUUUAAACACAAAUAUUUAGAAUUAUGGUUUGUUACUGAGUUUACCGAAUCCCAUGCUCACACUCACAGGAGCUUUUGAUUAGUUUUUACUGAGACUGUUCUAUCUGGACGCUCUAAGUGAUCGCUGCCGUCUGAUUGAAGAAAAGAAUAAAACACUUUUAUAUGCAAUAAUUAAACUGGACUGACCAUAGUUGAAUAAUUUGAAGCAGAAAAGUUUGUUGCUUUAUCAUACAAAGAAUAAAUGUA